CGGCGGCCAUUUUGGAUGAGGGCACCGCGCCGCCGUCCCCUGCCGUCGCAUCGAAGGCGCCUCGUCAGCACGAAGCGCUCCGAUUGGUCCUCGCCACCCGAACCAAUCAACGGUGACUGUGUUUGGAGGCGCCGGCGCGAGGAGAGCGGCGCGGCUGCAGCCAUGCUUCGCCGCCAGGCCCGUGAGCGCCGUGAGUACCUGCAGCGCCGGGCGCAGGAGGAGCGUCUGCGGCGGCAGCAGGACAAGAAGGAGCGGCUGCGACAGGCCCUGGAUGAGAACCGACUGCUGCCCACUGAGCUGAGGCGCCAGGCGCUGGCCUUGCAAAAGGAGCUGGAGUUUGAGACGCCAGGGGAAAAUGGUGUGACGGGCAGCCAGGACGAUGAGUAUCGGUGGGCAGGGCUGGAGCCCCCCAAAGUGAUGGUGACAACCUCGCGUGACCCCAGCAGCCGCCUCCGUGUCUUUGCCAAGGAGCUGUGCCUGGUGAUCCCAGGGGCUCGGCGGCUGAACAGGGGCCGGGCAGAGGUGGGGGCCCUGGUGAGUGCGUGCCGGGCGGCUGGCGUCACCGACCUGCUGGUACUGCAUGAGACCCGCGGACAGCCUGAUGGGCUGGUUCUGUGCCACCUGCCCCAUGGCCCUACAGCCCACUUCACGCUGAGCGGGGCUGUGCUGAGGCAUGAGGUGGGGGGUCUUGGUGGUGCUCCGCUAGGAGCACCGCACAUCUUGCUGCACCGACUGGACAGCGUGCUGGGACGUCGGGAACCACGUUUACCGGCGGCAGGGGAAGACAGUGGAACUAGAGGAGGUGGGACCCCGCUUCCAGCUACGCCCCUACCUGAUCCGCCUGGGGACCCUGGAGCAAGGGGAUGCUGCUGAUGUGGAAUGGCGUUGGCACCCCUAUACUGCCACUGCCCCCAAGCGCCAUCUGCUGAGUGCCACCUAGUGCUGUUGCCUUCCGUUGCCCUCACCACUGGCAUCCUGCUGGCCCAGAUGACAUUUUCAAUAAUAUAUUUUCUCCCACUUUUUUCACAACAAAAUCUCAUUUGUUGCCUGUGGGCAACAUCUUCAGUGUCGUCCUGUAGGGAUGCAGAGGGACACUGCCUUAUAGGUUUAGAGCUGCAGCUCUUACAGGAACCGUUGGAUGAAUUCUGUAGGGGACAGAGGGGCCACAUAGGGUGGGGCAGUUGUAUUGGCUCUAUAGGGUCCCUGAGGUGUAACUCCAUAGGAACAGCAGGGGCCCCCGUGGGUCUGUAGGCCCUCCAGGCUCUUUGCAGCUUCUUCAUUUACCUGGCCUGUCAAUGCCAGGGCAAUUGCAAUUCCCCACUGGAUACUGCUCAUUUAUGUGGAGGUUUUCUGGAGUUGCUGACAGAAGAUUCCUGCUUCUCCUUCAUCCAGAGGUUGGUAACAGCCAAGACAGCACUGCUCACUGUCACUCGCCUCACCGAAUUCUCCAUGCGUCCUCAUUCCCAAAAGUUACUUACCUGUUCUUCAAAAACUUUUUUGUUUUCUCGCAGAGCAGCUCUGUCCAUAUGAGCUGCCUGUUCUCACGGGGCAUCCUCAUCCCUUCCUCAUCCUCCCUGCCACUGUGUCUAGCAGAGCCUGUAUCCCUCCAUUGCAAUGCCCCAGGUGAGCGAGAUGCCCCACCCCAUUCCAUUAUUUCCAGAGCAGCCCAGCAGUGUCACAGGAGGCAGGGCUGUGGGUGCUGUGCUACCAUACUCAAAAGACGUGCGGAGAUGACUCUUCUUCAGUGCCCCCCCUCUCCAGGGUAUUUCUCUGGGGUGUCCUGCUGGGCUGCAAGCUACCCACCAGACAUAUACACCUUUCCUGUAGGAUCUCUGCGCUAUCGAGUUCCAUGGAGAAGGUGUUCUACUGCUACGCCUGCAGAAAUUAAUCUCUAUGUGGGCAGCUGCAAGGAGCUGUCUGUGUGUCUGCUUAGAAUAGGAGAGCUAAGAUCUGCCUUAGGUAUUCUGAGAAAAGCUGAGGAAUUUCUUGUUCUGCGCUUUGGAAUGGGAUUUGCCUGCCCUCAGCAGCAUCUGAUUUGUUUCUCAGGUAAUGCCUUGUAAAGACCCUUCAGCUCAAAGGAGUGUAAGAGCCAAGCAAAGCUGUUGUGCUGACGUGCACUGGGUCUGUUUACUCUGCACUAAGGCAGAGUCCCUUUACCUGUCCAGAACAAUAAAAAUCCAUGACUACUGGAGGAAGGUUUUGAGAAAGACAGUAAUCCUAGUCCUUCUGAAAACCAGUCUUCAUUUUGAACAAAUCAAACAGGAGACAGUUUGUGUAGCGGUGCUUUGGUCAGUCCGGACAGGACAAGAUGAGAAAACAUGCUCUAGACUGCAUCUGGGGAGAGCAGCCUCACAGGAGCCUCAGGCAGAAGGCGCCAGGGGAGACUCAAGGUCAACCCUGAGGGUGGCUUUGGAGUUGAGGAAAUGGGGAUCUGAGGCUCCAAUUCUUGGCAGCAUAUAAAGGAAGGGGUCCAGGCAGCUUUGGAGGUGGUUGGUGCUGAAGCACAACCCCUUUUGGCAAAUGACUGCCUGAGCUGGGCUGGAUGUUCAGAGGGAGAGUCCCUUCUCCACCUCAUGCAGCUGGUGCUAGGUGGAUCUCAUGGCUCACACUGACCACGCAGCCAGGGGUGGUUACAGCAGAGGAAGCACAACUGUCAGCGCAGAGGCAAAGCUACCUGGGCUGCUGCAUUAUGGCAGGAUAUCGCUGCCCUGGUAGAGAACGUGAUUGAGCACACAGAUGCCCAGGUAGCCAGUUGUGCAACUGAAGACCAUCAGAACAACCAGCAGGUGGAUUGGGCUGCUGGGGUUGAAGUGGCUCAGAUAAAUCUUGACUGGCAAUGUCAGGGUGAGCUGUUUCUAGCUCAGUUGUCCUAAGUCAUCUCAGGCCAUUGGGGAAGGGAUGUGGCACAUAGAUGGGAUCGAGAGGCGGGCUUGGCGAUGGAGAGGAGCUCCUUGAGUGCACAGCUGGUCUUUGGGUCCCUCUGGGUGCCCUUCCCAGCCCCUGGGCUGUUCCCCACAUGGCAGCCCCAACCCCGUGUCUGGAGCUUGCUCCAGUCAGCCCCACCUGAGCUUGGCAAGCAAAGUGUGCACAGACAUUUACCCAUGCAAAUGACCACGCUCGUGUACCAACUCCCAGGAGCAAAUUUCAAUAAGAAGGCAGGGCAGAGUACAAUGAUCAGGCAGAGGGCCUGUGCUCUCUGCUGCAGGGGUUGGGAUGCACAGCAUCCUACUCUGCUCGCUGUCCCAGGGCACUCAGGGUCCUUCAGGAUCCUUCAAGAGCCUCCCAGCCACGUCAGCCCGGCCUACCUCUGCCUCUGUGCUGUCACAGCUCUCACGGUGCUGGUAAUAUUCCAGAUGGUACCAGAGUAACAGUGCUGGGCAGGGAGUUUGUUGGCUCUUUGCUCUAAGCAAGGCAGAGAACUGUAGUCGUGGGUCUGAGAAUUACUGGAAAAAUAUAUGAAGAUUGCUUACCACCUGAGGCGACUGAGCAUUUGUACUGAAGUGUAAGUGUUUUCCCAUCAACAUUCUUUUUUUCUUCAUGUUUAUAAAUAGCAGGAGAAAAAAUAUUGAUUUCCCCUUGGACUUGGCAGUUCUGUCUCCUAUGCAGUGCACUUUGUCUCCGCAGCCCUGCAGGUGUUCGCACCUGGCCUGAUUCAACACUCCACGCUGGAAGUUGCCUUUCCAGCAAUUCUGUGUGUGCACACUUCCCAUUAUUCUCCAGAUUUCUCUUCCACACACUCUUUCGUCACCCACAUAUCCUGUUGCUUCUUGGAACUGUAGGGAUUUUAAGCUUGCUCAUUUAAAGUGCUCUAUCUCAUUGUCCCUAUGGCCAUAAUUAUAUUUCUAUUUAUGAUUUGCUGUCUCUCUGUGUCAGAUGUUCCUUGUACAGUUAUACCUUGUGGAAGGUGAAACUCGAUGGAGGCUCCAGGAAGAGUGAUCACCCACUCAGACGGACCCCUCCUACUGUGUCCUUUCAAUCAGCUGCCAGCAAUCCUGGAGAUGUCUUCUAUCAAAACACAGCCUGGGAAAAAGAAAGAGGGAAAAUCCACUGCGAAAGGCAGAGCAAAGAAUAUGGGUCCAGCAAAGGCAGUGGAAAAAAAGAGUUACAAAAAAGAACACUGAGUAGUGAAAGUCUCCGAUACAGGAGGAGUGCCAGAAAAUGCACAAGCAAACCUCCAGAGCCAUUCUGGAACCCUGGCCCUGCAGGAAACACCAACAACAUCCCUAUGGUGUUGGAGCUCUGAGACCAGACUGUUCAAGGAGCCCAGCGGCAGUCAGUCUGGACCAUGUCCGCCAGGAUCCAAGUCACAAAAACUGCUCAGUUUAAGAGGUGAAAUGUGCAGGCUGGUACUGGAAAACUCUGAGAAGACAGCCUGGCUGACAUCUCACUCUGCGUGCAGCCUGCCUGAGGAGCACACCAGCAACACCUCUCGUUUGGUGCCGCUGCUGCCCAAGGGGACCAGGUCAUUGCAGUGUCAGGCAACACAGAGCAGAGCAGGGCUCCCCCGGUGUGGGAUUUCCUGUCCAUACUGAUCAGGACAUGGGGUGCCCAGCAGAAAUACAGCCCCACCUUGGGCUGAUUGGUCCUGCAAUCUGUGAAAUCACGGGGGUUCAAGAGCUGUGUCCAUGACUUGCCAGAACUGUCACCAAAAUUGGAAAUAAAACUCCUUAACACCAAAUAAAACUCCUUAAUACCAAAAA